UUGGCGGAUGGUAUGGCAGAAGCAGAGCGGAAAGAUUAUUAUGCUUGCAAAUUUAGUGGAACUUGGAAAGAAAAAGUGCAGUAAAUACUGGGAUGGGGAGGAGGGCAAUUUCCUGCAGCUCGGACUAUAUCAAGUGACACUACAAGAGGAAUUGUCGUACGCCUUCUAUACCAUUAGAAAACUAUCAGUGAGGAAUAAACAGACUAACGCCAAAAGGCAGAUUAUGCAGUUCCACUUCACAAAAUGGCCAGAUCACGGUGUACCGGAAGCGUUCGAACUCCUUCAGUUUCACAAACGGGUACAAUCUUCACCAACAGAUCUGAACGGUCUACUUAUUGUGCACUGCAGUGCCGGUAUUGGAAGAACCGGAACAUACAUUGGUCUAGACGCCUUGUUGAAAGAGGGAAAUGAGAACGAUGAAAUCGAUGUGUUUGCUUACACUAAAAGGAUGCGGAAGGAUCGAAUGAACAUGAUACAAACAAUAGACCAGUACGUAGUACUCCACGAUGUCCUCGCCGAGGGCCUCGGAAUUGUGACCCAGUGUAUGACAGAACCUGAUUUCAGCAAAAAUAUUUCUGACAUGCUUACUGGGGGCAUUGUCGAAAAACAGUUUAAUGCUUUAGAAAAUCACAAGCCUCAUUACAAAGACAGAGAUAUCGAGACUGCUCUUACCAGCACAAACAAAAGGAAAAACAAAGACCUCUCAAUAUUAGCAGUGGAGAGAUACCGGGUGUACCUAACAGCUACAACAUCCGAUUAUAUAAACGCAAUAAAUGCACCGGUAAUGAAUUUGGACAUCGAUAUGUGUGUCUUAUCAUGCUGA